AUGCCACCGGCAAAGACACCCUCUAAGGGCAGAAGGCCUGCCCGGAGCAAACCGGAUAGAGCUGAAUCUGCAGCAGUCCCGCCUGGAAAUGAAGACGCCUCCUCAACGGACACUAUCAAAUCAGUUGCCCUUGCUGCAUUCCUCCUGGUGGUUACAGCCGCCUAUUCGCCAAUAUCGCAAUUGACGCUCUCGCCAGUUUAUGGAUCUGUCCCUUCAGCAGCCUUCCACCGCAGAGGGAUGAUGGUGACUGCGCUCUGUGGAUGGUUCGGCAAAGACCAAAUCAGAAAGACAUUCUCUGCGAAGAUUAAGAACUUUUUGCCGGUGUUGGCAUUUAGUAUCCAGACUAUCCAGUUCUUCCUGUUUAGGUGGAGUUCGCAAUUGGGACCUGUAUAUGGCCCACUCCUGACAGAGGCUCUCACCUAUUUCCCUUUAGUUCUCUUGUCCGUGUCUUCAGCAGCUACUCUGCUUGACGACGCUGAUUUGAGGCGAUACGGGGAAUCUUUGGGGAAUCAUGGUCCUUUUUUCGGUUCAUAUAUACUCUUCAGCACUCUCGAGAAAUAUAUCGGGUUUUUGUUGCCUAGGUAUAUAGGGAGAUCCGCUGUGAUGGCACGUAUCCCUCUUCAACUUAUGGCCGCUUCACUUUACGCAAUAUCUUUUCCAUCAAAAUGGCUAGUGCUUGCGUUGCCGUCGCUGCUAUUUUCUUCUCGGUAUAACGUGCAUUUCCCCCUCGAACACACAACCGCGCUUUUAAACUCAACAUUACAGACUGAAAAUUUCAUCCUGCUGCACCGAGAGGAGUCCCUGACGGGAUAUCUGUCGGUCGUGGAAAAUGUAAAGGAGCGCUAUAGAGUGUUGAGAUGCGACCAUAGUCUCCUGGGUGGAGAAUGGACGCAGAUGCCCAACACACAACAUCCGGAAGUAAGGGAACCUAUCUAUGCAAUUUUCACGAUGUUGGAAGCGGUUAGAUUGAUUAAUACCGACGACGGAAGCCCAAGGAAGGGGGGGCCCGGCACCAAUUCUCUUGUUAUCGGUCUCGGAAUUGGUACCACGCCCACUGCCCUCGUAAACCACGGCAUCGAUACCACAGUCAUUGAGAUAGAUCCUGCAGUGUACCGCCUUGCUGCAGAUUACUUCAGUCUCCCAGGAAACCUUACAACAGUUAUCAAGGACGCUGUUGGCUAUGUAGCUGAAGCGAACCGGGCGACUCCAGUACCCAGCUUCGAUUAUAUUGUGCAUGACGUCUUUACUGGCGGGGUGGAGCCAGUUAGUUUAUUUACGGUGGAGUUUAUGAAAGGCCUUCGUUCCCUGCUCAAGGAAGGCGGGGUUAUUGCGAUUAAUUAUGCUGGAGAUUUGUCUCUCCCUUCCUCAGGCCUUAUUGUUCGAACAAUCAUGUCUGUUUUCCCGAAUUGUAGGAUAUUCCGUGAAGGGGAGCCACCCGCGAAUGCCAGCACAGGCGAUUUUACCAACAUGGUUAUCUUCUGCAAACUGACGAGUUCGCCCUUGGUGUUUCGAAACCCCACCGAAGCCGACUUCCUCGGCAGCAAGUCCAGGGAAAUGUACAUGAUGCCUAAAUUUGAAAUUGAUGUCGCGACUUUUGAAAAAGUAGAGGAUGGUGGACAAGAUAUCAUGGCAGAAGGACACGUGGGUGACAUACUACGUUGGCACUCACGGAGCGCUGCUGGCCAUUGGGGCAUUAUGCGAAAAGUUCUCUCUGCUGUUGUUUGGGAGAACUGGUGA